AUGAGAGAUUACCGCAUUGACCAGGUGCUGCACUUUAGCCUGCGCUGCUAUCAGCUGAUGGGCAUGCACGGACUGCCCUUACCAUGCGAUGCGCAUCCACGGCGAAAGGCAAGGCUUCUACAUGUCUGGACCGGAUGCCUGCUGAUGGGAUUCAGUGGAGUGGCUUACAUGUGCUUGACCAGCGACGAUGAGUUCCUAUACAAAGGCGACGAUUUCAGCUGCUUUAAUGAUGCUAUGAAGUUUGGCUUUGCCGAAAUGGCUAUACUAGGCAUCUACUGGGAGACACUAUCGUCGCAACGAGCUUACCUGGGACGCUUUUGGCAGUUGUAUGAAGCACUGGCAGCGACACAAACUGCAACCACCACACCAUCAGGUCUAACCCUGCGGCAACAGCUGGUGCAACAUUGGCGCUUCCUGGCCAUAUUCUAUGGAACGUUCUUGCUGGAGCUAGCGCUAUUGUGUGUUUAUGUGGCCCUGCAGGAGGGAUCCCGUCACCUUGUUCUCUUCUGGAUCACCUUUCAGCCGUUCAUCUUGGUGGUGCACCUGCGCAACACCCAGUUCGUGCUACACAUGGAUCUGUUGCGCCAGAAACUCCUGCAGUUGGAGUGCGAGCUGAUACUACUCGUCGAAUACUCGAGCUUUGCUAACAGCUCAGCCAGCUUUUUCGGCUUUAAUGAAUAUCUAAGGCGUCGUGUGCGUGAAAUGCAGAUGAUUUACGCGCGUAUCCACGAGCUGUGCACCUGCUACAGAAGAGGGUUCAGCUACUCCAUGCUUACCGUGUUGCUUAUGAUUUACAUUCGCAUCACAGUCGAUUGCUAUUUUUUUUUGUAUACCAAGCUUAGCAACAUUACCAACUUGGACUACUAUCUAUUAUUGCCAGCAGUCCUGCAUAUACCCGCCUUUCUCUACACCUGCCAAAGCUUCAUGCAAAUAGUUCCUCGGAUCGCCUACCGGCUGCAUAAUAUUGCAACUAGUUGUUCGCCGGUUUCCCUGCAGAUCCAAAACUUUUCGCUACAAAUUCUGCACGAACAGAUGCGCAUUGAUUGUAUGGGCAUAGUUAUUUUAGACAAUCAUCUGCUGACACAGCCCAACGAUUCUAGAUAGCCUAUGCCGUUUGCACCUACAUGAUUUUUACCGUACAGCUGAUGCCCAAAUUGAAUGGGGCCUAUUUAUAGUUCGAGUCGUCUAUUGUAUGGUAUAUUAAAGCUUUAUGAAUGUAUCGUAUGUUCCAUAAAAUUAUAUCUUAAAACGAAUGGGUAUAAGCAUCAA